AUGGCCAACGACCGGCAAGAUUCAGGAUAUGGCUCCCAAUUCCCAUCUCCUGACGGCAAACUACCUGUAGUAGUCGAGUCCAUACAAACUGGGCGCCUCAGCGCCAAGGGCACGAGCCGAUCCGUUCCGUCUGCCCCCACGCCCAUCACCGGCCUCACAGAAUUUGAUAAGAGUGUCGAUAACGCCACGCUCUCCCGCUUCCGUCAUGUGCAUUUGAUGCUUGAGAAGCCGCUGUUAGAACUGAUGGUCCUGGGGCGCUGCGAAGCUGAUGCGAAGCCGUGCAUUGUCGUCUUGUGCCCGGAGCAGCAAUCGAAAAAGGUUAGGAAGUUUUUCGAUAAGAAAUCCGUCAGGGCUGUGCGUUUGCCCGAAGACGGCCAGCCCUCAUUCGAAGUCUUCGUCGUCGGUCGAGCGCCGGAGCCGAAACAGGCAGACGGAGAUAUUGACGUCCUCAUUCCCAUCGUUGGCGAGAGCGAGGGUUAUACAAACGAGACAUACUGCGGAGCGCCCAUAGUUAUCCGGCAGGCUUCCGGUGUCGACAAAAGGUGCACUUUCGGUGGUGUCAUAAAGGCUACCUGGUCGAAUGGAGAGGUUAAGCUAUACGGGCUAACCGUUGGCCACGUCCUGAGCGACUUGGCGGACGAUCUGUCGGUCAGCACGGAGAGCGACCAGGCUAGGAGUUCCGACGACUGGGGUUUCGAGCUUUCGGAUUCUGAUAGUGAGGACGAGUCCGUUGAUUCGGCUGAAGAAGAGCCGGAUGAUGAGGCCCAACCAUUGUGUGUGAUAGAUGAACUCCAGCUGGGUUUAGCAGACGGCAGUGCGUCUUGGACGGCCCUCGAGCUGGGCAAGAUAGGUUCCAUCUCGAAGGACUCGCGCGAAUAUCAAUCAGCAGCAACCGACACAAAGUACGGUGAGCCAGAUGCUUACUAUGACUGGGCUCUUAUCGAUAUGGUCAGCUACAAGCCGAACCUUAUUCGACCCAGGAAGUUGCCACACGGCGAGGUGCAGGAAGAUGGAGCCUUCAAGUCCGGGAAUCUCGAGCUCGUGGUAACCGCCUCACCGUCUAGCAGGCACGGUAAGAGACAAUCAGUCGUCCUUGCGAGCGGAUCAGAAGGGUUGAAGCGGGGAUCUCUGUCGGCUCUACCUUCGAGACUCCUUCUAGGCCCUGGGAAAGAGUUUAUCGACGCACUCAUCCUCAACCUUGACAACGAUAAACAGAUUCUCGAUGGAGAUUCAGGGUCAUGGGUGGUCAACGAGUGCACCCUUGAGGUGUAUGGCUAUGUCGUUGCUGCUGAUGCAUUUGGCGGAGGUUACGUCAUUUCACUGGUUGAAGCAUUCAGCAAUAUCACGGACACCCUGAGAUGUCAAUCUGUCGAUCUGGCUACGACGAUCGAUAUGGCAAGUGCCAAACUUGAGAGUAUAUUCGACAUGAACGCGUCCAUCUUGACCGGGCAUUCUGCGCUGCAAAACCCACCCAUAUUCUCCUUUACCUCUACCCCAACUACCCAUCUAUCCAUUGCCUCUAAUAUCUCCUGUGCCUCUACUCCGGCUACCAGUCUCUCAAUGACCUCUAACUACGACGGCCCCUUAAGUCUCGUAGAGUAUCCCGAAGAUCACUUCAUGUUUCCUACCUUUUCCCAGGAGAAGCCUUUUGUCCAUCCUGAAAUCCACCCAGAUGACGACCUCGACCCUCCUCCUAGCUCCAAGACGGGCGGUUCUUACACGGUAUGGCCUGUUGACCGCAAGAAAUCUGAUGACGGUUUUAAUAAAACCUCAAGUCCCGGGACCCCCGAAGUCACUGUGCACGCCGAGGAUGAUACUACCGUUUCUAGCAGGCCGUCACGCCAUGUUGACUACUUGUCCCAUGACUGGAAGGAGGAGGAUAUUUGGUCCUCCUGGAGAUAUAUUGUGACUCGGCGCGGCGAGUUUGAACAUAGCGGGCGAUUGGAAAAUGCUUCUUGGAGAACAUGGAUGAAGGUGAAAUACAAGCUAAAAACCGUCUCGCCUGAAACUCUUAAUUGGCUCAAGGAUUGUGAUGUUACUUGGUUGUACGGCCCACUACAAUCAAAGACCAAGCUCGUCCACGAUGCCCACACAGAGGUUUCAAGCGACUCAUUGUUCAAGACGGGCUCGCAGGCCAAUCUGCACACGAAGCCGAUCCUCAAAAAGAGGAGCAUCUCUAAGGUCAUGCUUCAGAGAUCAAUUUCCAAUGCCUCACUGCUGAAGCAGGCCGCAGCGGCCGUCCAGGCCCAAGAAGCACAAGGUAUCAUGCGCCCCAGCAACAGCAGGCGCGGAACCGCCGAUUACUUUGCCUACCCCUUCUCUUCAAGUAGAAUGGGUGAUGAAAGUCGCGACAUGACAACCUCGACAGAGUCUUCCGGAAUCACUUCACCUCGGAAGCACAUUCACUUUAACGAGCAAGUUGAGCAGUAUAUGGCUGUUGAUGUCAAGGGCAUGGAGGUGAGCUCAGAUUGCUACGGUGACGACGGCGAUUCAGAUGAUGAUGUUAUGCUGAAGCGGGACAAACCCAAGAAGCAAUCCAUCCUCAAGAAGCGAGUUGCCAAGUCAAAGUCAACGGAGGGAAAGAUCAUUGCCAAGCUUCCCUCAACGACCCUUAAAUACCGCGAGGAUGCACCCGAGGCCAAGGAGGCAGCUACGAAGUACUUACGCAGUCCACCUUUAUCUCCAUCAUCUUCACAAGAGACACUACGACCAGCAAAGUCAUCUGUAGAGUUCUUCUUAGACGAUGAGGAGGAGGAGGAAGGCUUGGAUGAUGCACUCCUAAGCCCCCCCUCGUCUUGGUCAUCUCCCCCUCCCCCGGUAGCGUUCUCUGACAAGCCGUUUUCUCCACAUAACAACGUGAGCGAUGAACACAUCGAGAUGAGCCGGACAUCUUCGGGGAUGCUGAGGCCCUAUGAACAGGGCGACCUAAACAACGACGAAGGCAUCUCUGGUCGAGUUAUCGACACGGUCAAUACCGCCCAUGACAUUGCCAACGUCAUUUGGAACGUGGGCUGGAGGAAGUGA